AGUUUCGGGAGUAAUUUGCAACUAAAUUGAGAGAACAAUUUCACAGUAGCGUACAGCGCACCGGUUUAUCUUGCCGGAAAGUUCACCUGAUCGGAAGUUAGGUUCUAGGCGUUCUCCGAUGAGCGUGUUCGGCGGCGAUAGCUGGGCGCGAGAGGCGCAAUACCGAAAGAGAAGAGUAGACGACUUGAUGAUCGAAGGCAUUGAAGCUGCUUCUUACAAAAAACUUCCCAGCGGGAAAUUCGCUUGCCUGAUUUGCCCUAAAAAUCCCGUCCUCGACACUCCGAUCAUGCUAGCGACACACAGACGUGGCUCGAGCCAUCGAGCUAAUGAGUUGAGGCAUAAGGAUAGAAAAAAUUUCAUUCGAGAAGAGGCUAGUAAGAAAUUGGCAAUGUCGAAUUGUGCUGAAACCAAUGCUAAUUCUAGCUCUAGCAAUUCGACUAAAAUUCAAAAAACAAACAUCAGACCUUUGAUUGAGAGAGCUCGGGGGGCUGCUACUGAGGUGAUCUCUGGUGCAGUUAGUCGACCAGAGGUGAAAUCGGGAGCAAGUAGUCUAGUCUUGCCAUGCCGUGGUGAUUUUGGAUGCAAUGGUAAUUCGAUUGAAGGUGAACCAACAAGUGUGGUGCCGCCAUUGGAUUGUAGGAAGCAUCGGGAGAUGGAGCUCAAGUUCACUGCUGCUGGCUGGAAGCGCGACUGCCAUGGAAAAUGGUUCAAGGAUGAAAAUGUUGAGUUCGACUCCGAUGAAGAAGAUCCAAACAUAGUCUUUAAAAAUAACACUUGAUUUCAUGGAUAUCCUCGAUUCUUUUACACAUUCUGAUGGCGUUUAUAAUCAAUUCGAGUUCGGUUGAUCUUCCGAGUGCCAUUAGCGUCCCUAAAGAAAUAUCAUCCCUCUUUAUCAUUGCCGAGAAAGAUACAAAUCAAUGCAGUGAUUUGUUAUGGCAAAUAUUGGUAUUGGUGGUGGUGGUGGAUGGUAAUCAACGGUCAUGAUGAUGAUGUUUUUGUUAUGUGGUUACAAAAGCUCGACAAGAAAGAUAUGGUGGAUUUUCGGGGCUUUUUGCACUCUUUCUUAUAAAUGUACAACUCAUUUUCCAAUUUUUUUCACAUAUUAUAUAUAUUUUAUUGAGAUAUAUAAAAAAUAAUAAAAUAAUAUUAUGACUUUAUUAUUAAUAGGGAAAAUUAAUUAUUAUUUGUGUAUGUGUUGUUAAUUCAUUUGAUGUAUUUGUGUUGUUGGUUUCUAGUUACAAGUGUGUUAUAUCAUAGUACGUUUUGUGUUGUAUAAAACUAUAGCAUGUGUUGUUAGUUCGUGUGUUGUAUUUAUAUUAUAUAAAUGCGUACGGUGUACUAGUU